AUGUCAGAAGAAAACGGCAAGCGCAAAGCCGAGGAGGAGCCAUCGUCUCCUACCCCAUCGAAGCGCAUCAAGCAAGAUGACUCGGCUGAGCCUUCGGAGAAGAAGCCGGAGAUCAAGAGGAUUCCUUUCCCCGAAAAGCCCGCCGUCAUCGAAGAGCGCAAUGGCGAAAUCGAAUUCCGAGUAGUCAACAACGACAACGAGCGCGAAUCACUCAUCAUCUUAACCGGACUCAAGUGUAUCUUUCAAAAACAACUUCCCAAAAUGCCUAAGGAUUAUAUUGCGCGACUAGUUUACGACCGAACACAUUUAUCGAUUGCCAUCGUUAAGAAGCCCCUUGAAGUUGUUGGAGGAAUCACAUAUCGCCCGUUCAAGGGUCGCCGUUUCGCCGAGAUUGUCUUCUGUGCCAUUAGUUCUGACCAGCAAGUCAAGGGUUACGGUGCCCAUCUCAUGUCGCACUUGAAGGAUUAUGUCAAGGCGACAAGCGACGUGAUGCAUUUCCUCACUUAUGCCGACAACUACGCUAUUGGUUACUUCAAAAAGCAGGGGUUCACCAAGGAAAUCACCCUCGACAAGAAGGUAUGGAUGGGGUACAUCAAAGAUUAUGAAGGCGGUACGAUUAUGCAGUGCUCGAUGCUGCCGCGGAUUCGAUAUCUCGAAAUGGGUCGCAUGCUCCUUAAGCAGAAAGAAUGCGUCCAAGCCAAGAUCCGCGCUUACUCCAAAUCACACAAUAUCCAUGCUCCGCCGAAGGAGUGGAAGAAUGGAAUCACCGAGAUCAACCCUCUCGAUAUCCCUGCCAUUCGAGCAUCAGGAUGGUCUCCUGAUAUGGACGAGCUCGCCCGCCAACCUCGUCACGGCCCCAACUACAACCAACUUCUCCACUUACUCAACGAUCUACAGAACCACAACUCAGCCUGGCCAUUCCUUGUGCCUGUUAACCGCGACGAUGUGGCCGACUACUACGAAGUCAUCAAGGAGCCUAUGGAUCUUAGUACGAUGGAGAGCAAACUUGAGGCCGACCAGUACCUCACGCCUGAAGAUUUCAUCAAGGACGCCAAGCUUGUUUUCGACAACUGCAGAAAGUACAAUAAUGAGAGCACUCCUUAUGCGAAGUCGGCGAACAAGCUCGAAAAGUAUAUGUGGCAGCAGAUCAAGGCGAUUCCUGAGUGGUCACAUCUGGAGCCUGAGAGAUAG